AUGUUUGGUCCGUAUAGGAAUGAGCGAGAACGUAUCACGUAUCACGUUCCUUUCGAAAGAAGUGGAAUUCUGAUCGACAACGCUCGUAUUGAGGAGCUCGUUCGUUCCGCGAUAAGCAACGUACCCUAUUUAACGGAAGACCAAAGUAGUCGAUUUCGUAUACACUGGGAAAACGACCAGUCCCUUCACAUAUCUCUUCCUACGCAGAGAAAUCCACACAUAGCCUCUCCUGCCCUAGAACGUGUGUCACUUAUAGGAAUACUACUUGACCAGGUUGCUCAUUUCCGCAAUGUCGUCGAGGCGGAAAAUGGAAUAGCGGGUAGAAUAGAUGAGUUUCUCGAGGGAUCGCAUAUUUACGAUCCAGCGAACACGGAUGUGAUGAACGAGCAAAUUCGCGAUGUUGCUCUGUCUUUAGAGCGCGAAGUGGUCUCCCGAUCACGUCUUAUAGAUACAUUUGGAAGUGAAAACGCAGGUGAAGACGAGUCAGACGAACAUGCAGCUCGUUACGAAGCUGUGGCCGAGACUGAUGGGAGUCCUGGUUACGUGAUGAGACAUGCCAUCACUCCGGACUUGGUGGACAUAUUGAGACGGCUGAGAGACGAACAGGAGGCGCUUAGCCCACAUUUAAUUCGUUUUGAGCGAAUAUUAAACUCACGCAUACUUUAUAAUAUAGACGAUGCAGAGCAUACCGAUACCGACUACCGCGCUAACUUUUUUACCGUCUACAUGGAACAUAUGCAGAGGACAGUCCAUCGGAUUUCUCACGCUUGGCACCUCACUAGUGAUCUUAGUGUUUAUCUGCACACUCCGAUGCCCAGACGGUUGCUUCCGAACUACCAGCAGUUUCGGCUCUUACAACCCACUGAGGGUGAAAUAGUAUUGGAGUUCCAUCCCACACAAGGAAGCGCUGCCAGCGAAGCUACUUCCAAUGAACCCUCGUUUAGAUUUCUGGACUUUCCACCUCCAGGUGUGGACGUCCAAGAGCUGUCAAAUAAUGAAGUUCGGAUACUUGGAAUGAAUCCUACAAUCCGGAGGAUGCAUCAAAUGGGUAUUGCCGUUCCUAUUCCAGUGUCAACUGCUGGACAUGCUGUUGGUCCUCCUGGCCAUUCUCGAAUGAUUGCACCACGCCGUUUGUUGCCUUCCCGUAGAGGUGGAGUUGUGCCGUGGAACCCGCGUCAGCCACCUGGAGGUUACUGCUUUUAUGCUGCUAUACUUGCUUUUAUUUUUAUUUUGGUUUGGUAG